AUGGUGAUGAAUCUUUAUGAUGAUGAUGAUGAUAAUGAUGAUGAGGAGGAGGAGAAGGAUGAUGAUGAUGAUGGUGAUGAUGAUUAUGGGGAUGGUGGUGACGGUGACAGUAACGAUUAUGGUAAUAAUGAUAGUGAUGAUGAUGAUGAUGAUAAAGACGAUGAUGAUGAGGAGGAGGAGGAGGAGAAGGAUGAUGAUGAUGAUGAUGAUGGUGAUGAGGAUGAGGAUGAUGAUGAUGAUUAUGGGGAUGGUGGUGACGGUGACAGUAACGAUUGUGGUAAUAAUGAUAGUGAUGAUGAUGAUGAAGAUGUUGAUGAUGAGGAGGAGGAGGAGAAGGAUGAUGAUGAUGGUGAUGGUGAUGAGGAUGAGGAUGGUGAUGAUGAUUAUGGGGAUGGUGGUGACGGUGACGGUAACGAUUGUGGUAAUAAUGAUAGUGAUGAUGAUGAUGAUGAUGGUAAAGAUGGUGAUGAAUCUUUAUGA